AUGAGCACCAAACGUCAAGCGACGAAAUCUUCACCGGCGGUUGAAUCUUUGCCAGACGAAGACGAUGACUUCCCACAACCUCCGAAAAAGUCCAACAACAAGUCUUACAAUCCGAGAACUUGGAUGGAAAAUCAGGCCCGACAAGCUUCAUUUCCUUCACCAACCGAGGGUGAGCUGAAACCAGCCACCCUCUUCAAGGGGUUGGACCCAUUCGUCAUUCAUGUCUGUGCCGAGUGUCGGAGCUUCAACUCCAAACGGGACACCCAGGAAUUGGCCCCAGGAAUGAUUCAACUUCCGCUCGCCCUCUGCGUUAUUUGUCGAGCACAUUUCGUUCAAAGUCGGUCACGUAAAUUUUACGAUUAUGAUAUCGUUCUUCUCAAAAAGAAACUCGAAAACGACCAACAGUCAAAGUGA